AUGCGGAGGACAAGAGGACAACAAGCUGCCGCCGCUGCUGCCACCGCUGCUGUGGCGCAAACCAGCAACGGCAAAGGUGAAAAGGCGGCUAGAAGUAAGCCAUCCACUACAGUUGCUACGAACAAUGCUCCGGUCAUUGACCUGACCGUUGUCUCUUCGCCGCGUCACAGUCAAGAUGCCCUCUUGGGCAUCGACUUGGGAAGCUCCGGCAUUCGCGCCUGCCUGAUGCCCCCGAACGCGCCUGAGAAACUCCUGAUGAUCCACAACUCAGUCUAUGGAAAUGAUAGUUUCACCUUCCCGGCAAACGGACGCGUGUUUGGCCCCGUCAGGCCAGCUGAGAUCUACCUCAGCAAAGUUGACCAUGACGGCCAUGAAGUGGUGGCACUGAAAUACGCCUUUUACAUCCUGGCCGGCGCCUCGGACACCCUGACUGGAGAGUACCCCCUGAUCGACAAACUCAAAGCCGAAGCCAUACGCAAGCCCAAAGAGUUCCGGGCAAGGCUACGCUUGGGCCUCUUGCAGAUGUUUCGGUACGUCAUCCUCAAAGUGCACGACUCGAUCGCGGCUGGAAGGCAUCCUUGGAGGAUUGGAAAGGCGUGCAUCACCAUCCCGUCGCAGUGGGAUCUGGACUUCGAAGCGCAGUACUCCGCGAUUCUCGGUGAAGCCCUCAACUGGAGCCAGGAUUAUGCGCGCGAUCGAAUGAUGUUCUUUUACGAACCAGAGGGUCUUGCCCACUUCCUCCUUCACACCCAACUGUACAUGAACGACGCAAUCGCAAAAAGUCAAGCCCAUGAACAUCGCCCUUGUUUGGUUCUUGACUUUGGAGGCCAUAGCAUGAAUGGCUGCUUGUAUUACAUCAACUCAAAGCGGGGCGAUACACUCAACUUCUAUGCCAUGGAAGACGCGUUCGGAGUCGGCAGUGGCGGCGAGCAGUUUGCUGACAGGCUAGUCAAAGCUUGUGAUGAAGUCUGGCUGAAAACCUCAAGGACGCCUCUGCGGCCGGAGGCCAAGGUGCAGAUUCGCGAAACGAUCAAGAAGUAUUUCGCCUAUUGGGGCCCUGGAAAGACGACUGGGGAGCAGAAGUUUUUUUUCUGUGACGACAAUGAUGAUUCAGGCGUCAUCAGGCUUUCAGAGGAGGCUAUCGACGAGUGUUGGGCUGGUGCUUACAAGCCCGCUCUUGAUCUCGUUGAGAAUAAGGUCGAGUACUUGAAGCAAGCAUAUAAGAGCGGAAAAUUCGAAAACAAGCCUCUUGUGGUCGCUGCUGGCGGAAGUCUCCUGAACGAAGCCUUGAAUGAGGCCGUGGAGGCCAUGGUCAAGGCCGCAGGCUUGGGCCCAAUCUUGAAGGUCACCAAGCAAGGUGUUUCCCACGAUGCUCAGCGUAAUAUCGUUGGCAUUCUCCACUCGGUGGCAAAGGCGCUAACUGUCCUUCAGUUUCUGCGUCAAGGUGCAGGAAUUGCCAUGCAAAUGAGGCAGGCACAGGCUGACGACUGGGACGAUAGAGGGGCCCCGUUCUGGUACUACUGGGUGGAGGGCAAGCAGGAGAUCCGGCCGCAGUGCAAAAUCAGGGUUCAGGCCGGUGAUCGGUUCAGGCUGAUCAUGAACCCGUUCUAUGGCCAGGACGUGAAACGCUUCGGCAAACUCCCGCAAAUCUUUGUGGCAAGGGCCUACAACUUCCUCCGGAAGUUUCCCAUCAUGCCCAGGAGCGGUUUGGUUGAGUGUUUCGUGCAAUGGGUCGGCGAAGGAAACGAGGUGGUGAUGCACCUCGAGAUUGUCCUCACACCCGAGGAGGAGGAGGAGGAGGAGGACACAGACAGCCGCAUCAGAUGGAGGUACAAACUUCCUCUGUUCUUCGACUGCGGUACCAGGUGCAUGAUGCCUGGUAAGAGGAGCACUCGUCUUGAGGACGUCGUCCCUGAUCUCUUCACGGACGCAGACGGAGAUACCAGCAUGGAUGAUUAG